GUAGAAGAAGAAAGCAUUUUAGAUAAGGUCUAGGGACAUAGAUCGUCAGCGAGGGCAUACCAGUGCAAAUCAGAAUCAGAAAUAACUAAUUCGAGGUCAUUUAAUCAAAUCCUUUGGAUUAAUUGUAUCCGGAGCUGAAGGAACUGCUCUGGACCAGGACUGAACAAUGGAGACUCCGCUAGCAAAAACGCUGCAGAAAAGGCAAGUUACCUUUCUUGUUAUAGUGUUGCUUUGGUGGGAGGCUGAUGCUGAGGCAAUUAAAUAUUCCAUGCCAGAAGAAACUGAGAGUGGCUCCUUUGUGGGCAACCUGGAGAAAGACCUGGGGCUGGGGUUGGGGGAACUGGCCACUCGGGGCGCGAAAAUCCAUUACAAAGGAAACAAACAGCUCUUGGAGCUCGAUCUAAAGUCCGGGAAUUUGCUUCUAUAUGAAACACUAGACCGGGAGUCUCUGUGCGGGGCCACCGAGCCCUGUAUACUGCAUUUUCAGCUAUUACUGGAAAACCCGGUGCAGUUUAUUCUACUUGAAUUGCAGCUCCAAGAUAUCAAUGACCAUUCCCCGGAGUUCCUAGAAAGAGAAAUGCUCCUUAAAAUCCCCGAGAGCAUCCAGCCAGGCACUGCGUUUCCUUUGAAGGUAGCUCAGGACUCUGACAUAGGGAGCAACGCUGUUCAGGACUACACCAUUCUCCCCAACUCCCUUUUUCGUGUUCUCACGCAUGACCGGGGUGAUGGCAGAAAAUACCCAGAGCUGGUGCUGGACCGAGUAUUGGAUCGGGAGGAAGAAAAGGAACACAGUUUAACCCUCCUGGCGCUGGAUGGAGGGACUCCGCCCAGGUCGGGGACCAUCACAGUCCGCAUUGAAGUCUUGGACAUCAAUGACAACGCCCCCGAAUUUUCGCAGUCACUCUAUGAGGUACGGGUGCUAGAGAGCAGCCCCCUUGGGUCUUUAAUUGUCCCUGUCUCCGCCCGAGACUUAGAUGGAGGAAUUUACGGAACUGUAAGCUAUGCUCUCUUCCAAGGGGAUGAAGCCACUCAACCUUUUGUAAUAGAGGAAGCUACAGGAGAAAUUCGACUGAAAAGAAUGUUGGAUUUCGAGACAAUUCCAUAUUAUAACGUGGAAAUCGUAGCUACUGAUGGCGGCGGACUUUCAGGAAAAUGCAUUGUGGCUGUAGAAGUGGUGGAUGUGAAUGACAACGCCCCUGAGCUCACCAUGUCUACGCUCACCAGCCCUACUCCAGAGAACGCCCCGGAAACGGUGGUUGCGGUUUUUAGUGUAUCAGAUCCAGACUCUGGAGACAAUGGAAGGAUGAUUUGCUCCAUCCAGGACGACCUCCCCUUUCUCCUGAAACCCACCUUCACGAACUUUUACAUGCUAGUCACCAAUAGCCCACUGGACAGAGAGGCCAGAGCAGAGUACAACGUCACCAUCACCGUCACCGACUUGGGGUCCCCCAGGCUGAAAACCGAGCACACCAUCAGGGUGCUGGUCUCCGACGUCAAUGACAACGCGCCCACCUUCACCCAAACCUCCUACACGCUGUUCGUCCGCGAGAACAACAGCCCCGGCCUGCACCUGGGCACAGUCAGCGCCACCGACAGAGACGCGGGCACCAACGCCCAAGUCACCUACUCCCUGCUGCCGCCCCGAGACCCGCACCUGCCGCUCGCCUCGCUGGUGGCCAUCCACGCCGACCGCGGGCACCUGUUCGCGCUGCGGGCGCUGGACUUCGAGGCCCUGCGCGCCUUCGAGGUCCGCGUGGGCGCGGCGGACGCGGGCUCCCCGGCGCUGAGCAGCGAGGCGCUGGUGCGCGUGGAGGUGCUGGACGACAACGACCACGCGCCCCUGGUGCUGUACCCGCCGCCGCCCAACGGCUCGGCGCCCUGCCCAGAGCUGGUGCCCAGGGCGGCCGAGGCGGGCUACCUGGUGAGCAAGGUGGUGGCAGUGGACGGCGACGCGGGCCAGAACGCCUGGCUGUCCUACCAGCUGCUCAAGGCCACGGAGCCCGGGCUGUUCCGCGUGUGGGCGCACAAUGGCGAGGUGCGCACCGCCAGGCCGCUGAGCGAGCGCGACGCGGCGCAGCACAGGCUCCUGGUGCUGGUCCAGGACAAUGGCGAGCCGGCGCUGUCGGCCAGCGUCACGCUGCACGUGCUGCUGGUGGACGGCUUCUCGCAGCCCUACGUGGCGCGGCCCGAGGGCGCCCGCGACCAGGCGCAGGCCGACGGGCUCACGGUCUACCUGGUCAUUGCGUUGGCCUCGGUGUCUUCGCUCUUCCUCUGCUCUGUGCUCCUGUUUGUGGCUGUGAGACUGUGCGGGAGGAGGAGUGCUGCAGCCGAGUGUCGCUACCCGGUGCCUGAGGGCUACUUUCCAGGCCAUUUGGCGGGCAGCAGCAACACUGCGACCCUGUCCCAUAGUUAUCAGUAUGAGAUAUGUCUGUCAGGAGACUCUGGAACAAGUGACUUCAAAUUUCUGAAGCCGAUUAUCCCGAAUCUUCCACCUCCAAGCACUAGCAAAGAAAUGGAUAAUAAUGCCACAUUCCGGAAGGGCUUUGAAAUCAACUAGGCAUCUGAUUGUGAGAAAAUAUGUUCUGGAUUUUAUUCUUUCCUAUAGAGAGAGUUUGAGAAUGUCAAAGAGAAAAAUGUAUCUUCUGGCAUAGACUUUGGUUUUUUUCCUUGUAAUGGAUUUUUCCAUUGAAUUGUAGUUCAAUGAAAACAAAACGAUUCUUCUUUGUUUGCAUUGAUUUGAUAGUAAAAUAGUUACUAAGACAACUUUAUGCAUACCAUUGUCUUUCAGGCUCCUUUUCUUCUGCGUUUUAGUUUGCCAUGAAUUGUCUUAAUAAAGUGAAAUGCACUUC